AUGCGGCAAAGUCAACCCCAACCCCGCGCCUGGGCAAACUCGGUCACUCUCCGGGCCCGGCCAGGGCUCCCAAGAGAUCGGGGCGGACCGGGGCCUGAGGACGCAAAUGAGGACGAUCAGGACGAGGGCGGCGAUCAUCAAGAUGGGCGACAAGGCACACUAUUAGCUUCCAAGACGACUGGUUCGCAAUCUGCUGCGUCCCCGCGAAAGCCUCACGUUAAGCGAGGGAAGGAUCGAAAACCUGGGACUGGGACUUUGACAAAGGCUGGCUCCAGGAAAGAAGAACAUGACGAGACUUUGCUUGCAGUGAAGUACUCUCAAAGUCCCUCCCUGUUGUUGGAGCCUGAUGCCGACGAACCCUAUCCCCUUCUCCCAUCAUUCCUUCCGAAUGGGCUGGUCAAGCGACACCUGCAUAACCUCCCCGAUGUCCUCGCGAAGCUGGUAUCCAAGGCCGCCUUGACCGGGAAUUAUGGCAGAUCCUUCGCCAGCAACGUCAUGGCCUCGCUCUCGCAACACCCGGCACAGCUUCAUGCAAUGAUCUUCGCGGUCAUGGUGCACGACCGCAUACAGCAAGGCGUCAGCAACCCGACUGCCACGGAGCUGAUGGUUGGCACUGAAGCUAUCCGGCACCUGAAUCAAGAAAUCAGCGACCCGGACCCCAAACGGGCCUUGUCGGACUCCAACAUCUGGGCGGUCCUGGUGCUCGCGUACUCUGGACGCGAAGACCGGAUACGGUCCGGGCAGAGCUACCCGCGGCAGUCCUUUCUGAGAGAGCUACAAUCGAUCCACAUCUAUCUGAAGAUGGAGAUUGUCAUUGAGCAUGUGCUAGGUCUUAUCAAAAUGAUGGAGCUGCUCGGGGAUUUGCACAAAAUCAGGACGCCCGGGAUCGCACCCGUGGUCUCUUGGUGCGGUAUCAUGGGUGCGUGCCGAAACAUUGGAAGACCCAUAUUCCCCUUUAUAUCCCACACAACCACGUUCGUCCGCGAAGAUGGUCGUCUCUCGGUAACUAAACACGAGCGCGACGCCGUUGCUACCGACUUGGGCCAACUGGGCACGGGCUUCUGGCAAGUCUGGGACAACACGAAGAAUCAUUCCGCCACCGCCGCCGCCACCACCACCACCCCCACCACCCCGAGCUACCUGGCAGAUCUCUUGACCGUCAUCCAAGACAUCUGCGACUUCACCGUCGUGGUCGAGAACCACGCGAGCGGGAGAUGGAUGCCCCGCACAUCGCCCGAGAUUAUCGACCAGCGAAACUUCGUCCAGCACAAGUUGAUGUCGCUGUGGUCGGCGGAGGAGUUCCAGAACACCACAAGUACCGCGUGUGGCAUCUCUGCAGAUGACGACGUGCAGUACGAGACCUGCCGGCUAGCCUGCAUCAUUUACUCCUUUAUCGUCGUGUUCCCCGUUCCCCCCGUGGUGGGGCCAUUUGAGACCUUGAUCGACAGGCUCAAGCGCGCACUGCAAGCGACCGCGUGGAAGGACUUUGAGCAUCCAAGGCUGAGGCUGCAUCUGUGGAUCCUGGUCAUGGGCGCCAUCGCGUCGAUAGGCUUGCCCGACCGUCCGUGGUUUCUGUUACGGGUCAUGGAAGUGUUGAACGAGUUCGAUGACAUAGCUGAAUGGAACGAUCUGAAGGCUUUGUUGAAGACGUUCUUGUGGCAUCCCCGUACGGGCGACCCGGACGGACUCGAUAUUUGGAAGGCGGUUCAGCAAGGAGACGACGUGCUGGAUACAAUAUAA